GCAUCUGUGACAAGAUUUUUAGUAAAACAUAGAGGUUAUUAUUUAAUUUGAUAGACCGGUUGACACUCAUUAUCAGUGUUUACAUUUGGGGUUAUAAUUAUUAGGGAGCUAUUGCAAUGAAGAAUCAAUUGCAUUCUUUAUUAGCUGAAUUUGAAAUUCUAGUAAAUUUGAUAAAGGACCAACGCAUGCGCCUCACUUCAGUGUUGCGACAAACUGCUUGCAGAACCAGAAAUGUAGCUACAAAGAAUUUCCAGUGUAGUGGUAUGAUAUCAUGUUUGUGCUCAGUGUAAUAUGGUGGUCAAGGUCCCAGUUUAUUGUUGACAUCAAUUUGCGAAUUUGUUUUUUACCAUGAUUACGUUAUGUAUUUUAAUGUAGAAGGUCUAGGUGCUUUAAAAUUGGGGUGUGAGAAAUGUCUUCGACGCCUAAAUCUGAAAAACAUGGAAAGAACGAUAGUGGGGGCGGCGCUGGCAAGACACCACGUCGCGCUUGGUCGUUCAAGGAAGACUUCCUGGACAUUUUGUCGCAGAUGCGUUCGCCCGGGGGCGGCACACGGCCCGGCUCGCCCAAGGCUCCGCCUCCGCCCAAGGCUCGCACCACCAGCACCUCCGACCAGCCACCCCACCACCCCCCGCGCAACCCUGUGCACGACUUUGAUCGGCAUGUCAAAGAGGUUCAAUGCGCAUUGAAGCACUUCAAGGAUGUUGUGUCAACAAACAAGCUAGAAGUACUCCCGGGCAAUGGCACUCUUGUUCUCGAGUCUAUCACCAAUAUACACGGCCUACUCAAGACCUACAUUUUUAUUGACCAAAGUUCGAGUCUUGUGUCAGCAACUAACCAAGUGUAUCAGAGCCUGGCCCAGCUCAUAAAGCUCUGUGAUAAUGUCCUACUUGAAGGAGAAAAAGCCAUCGAUGAAGAGAAUGUCGCCGAAGUUCUCCAGUUGGUCGAGAAUGCUGUUCAGAAUUUGGUAGCACUGGCCGUAGUGAAAAUAGGUGAGCAAAAGAACAAGACGAGUGAUUCGACCAGCAAGCCGUCGCCUCUAGACAGGAGUUCGACCUAUUCGGCCGAGCUGACUCAGCGAAACUCGCUGCCCGACAUCCCACUGACGCCUCGCGAGCGGCAGAUCCUGGAGCAGACGACGCAGUCGGUGCAACGCACAACGCACAACGCACACCAUCGCAGCUCUGAGUCCAUUCUUCUUGACGACACUCCGCCGCCUAAGCCACCUCUCCCCGGCAGAAUGUGGAGCAAUGAGUCUCCACCGCCACCUCUACCUCCGAAACAGCGCAACUCGAAAGGACCGCCGACCUACUCGAUGGAGCAGCUGAGCAUGCGUUCGGAGGACACUUCUUCGAUUGGCAGCCUGGACUCGAUGCUGAACGCCUCAUCCAGGGACGAGGAGAUCAGAGCUCUCAUGAUGGACGAAGACAGUUCGAUGCAUACCGAGGCGUCACAUGGUCUGUCUAAUACUUUUAAACACGCAAUUAGAUCUUGGACUGUGCUGAACGGUGGUCAGAAUAGUAACAGCUGUUGCUGCUGGGAUAGUCCGGGCAGUAACAGUAAUAACAGCAACUGCACUAGCAAUAAUAACAAUAACAUCAGUAUUCAAGAUCAAACUCAGCAGCCGACGGCCCCAGUUUGUGCAGGUGGUGUAGAGCGGACUUCCUCGUCUUCGGGCUUCGUGUCGAUGCGCAGCUCAAGCCAAAGCUACAACAUGAGCAGCUCGAUGUCGAUGACGACUGAGAGCACAGCGAUGCAGCUGCAGGUGGUUGCAGCUAGCAGUAGCAGCAGCUGCAGCAGCAGCACCAUGCAGCAGACCACCUUCCAGCAGAAGACCAUCAGCAGUCGGUCCAUAGCUGUGUCCUCGCCGCCCGCUUUGCCUGCAAAGCAGAGGUCGCGGCGAGAGCGGCACCCGUCGCAGUAUGACAACGUGCCGUCUGAGCAGACGCAGAGCUGCACCACCAUCAACCACGCAGGCGCAGACGGCAACUGUACAGAGCCAGCUCAUCCCCCGCCCCUUCCACUCAAGAAGAAGCACAUGUUCCAAUCGGUGGCUUACUCUGUAAUGGCAUACAUGGAGAUGUUCGGCAACUGCUCUCAUGCGAGCACCAAUGAAUUCCUGAGGCACUCAGUGCACACCUACAGCAUUCUGAGAGCCGAGUGGCAGCAGCAGGAGGUGAAAGAGAUGACUCUGAGCUCUGCGCAGUCGUGCUCCUUCAACAUGGUCUCACGCUCCAGUCCAAGCACCGACAGCCGAAGUGUGUCACCAGGUGUUGGCUACGACAGCGAGGGGGCGGCAGUGAGUGAUCUGCCCCCCGCUCUGCCUCCCAAGCAGCGCACAAGGCACCGAUCCACCACCACCAGUCCGCCGCCCCCCGCCUCACCCUCACCCAUACCCCCCUCCAACAACUCGCUCCUUGUCACAGUAUCAACGCCCGAACCAACCAAUGCAAAAGAUUGCAGAGACAGUUCUGUAAGUCCUCAACGCAGUCCCUUACAAAGGGUAGAGCUAUCGCCCGUAGUGACAAAUGGCAACUCGCCCUCCCCCGCGCUCGAAGAAGAUGACACGAAGAGUCUUCCUCCGCCGGACAGUCCGCUGGCCGAACUCGACAUGACCAGGUAUCUCAUCUUCAAGAAGAACGAAGAGGACGGACCCGAUAUUCGCGGCGGUCACCCUGAUGCCCUCAUCAUUCACGCCACCAAAGCUAGCAAGAAUGAAAAGGAAACAGACUUCUUGUAUCAAGAAGCGUUCCUGACUACGUACCGCACGUUUUUGUCUCCGCUAGAGUGCAUUGAGAAGCUGUGCAGGCGACACCAGCGCUUCUGCACUUCUUCCGAUGUGGUGAAACAGCGCGCGGCCCGCGAGGCUUUCUCACUUCUGGUGCGCGUCGUCAGCGAACUCACAGCAUCGGAUCUGGAUGUUGUGGUUCUACAAACAUUGAUGGAGUUCGGCUACCAGUUGCUGUGCAGCGGAGACCUGACAAUGGCCAAGGCAUUACGUGUCAAGGUGCUUGAGAAGCACACUGCCAAGCAGUCUGUCUGUCUUCCUAGUACAAAUCUUACGGCGCAGAAUGUCUAUAUUAAGCAAUCUCUUCUAAUAAAUUUUAAAUCGAGUCAAAUGGCCGAACAAAUGACACUUCUGGACGCAGAUCUCUUUAUGAAAAUUGAAAUUCCAGAAGUACUGAUAUGGGCUCAAGAACAAAAUGAAGAUCGAAGCCCCAACCUUACCCGGUUCACAGAGCAUUUCAACAAGAUGUCUUUUUGGGCAAGGUCCAGGAUUCUUGAACAGCAAGACGCCAAAGACAGAGAGCGGUAUGUUGUGAAGUUCAUCAAAAUAAUGAAACAUCUGAGGAAGAUCAAUAAUUUCAACUCGUACUUGGCUCUGCUGUCGGCUCUAGACUCGGCGCCCAUCAGGAGGCUGGAAUGGCAGAAACAGAUAACCGAGGGUCUCAAAGAGUAUUGCGCUCUCAUUGACAGCUCAUCCAGUUUUAGGGCCUACAGACAGGCUCUAGCCGAAACUCAGCCACCAUGUAUCCCUUACAUUGGCCUAGUUUUACAAGACUUGACGUUUGUACACAUAGGUAACAAUGAUUAUCUAACUGAAGGAGUUAUCAACUUUUCAAAACGAUGGCAACAAUUCAAUAUUGUUGAGAAUAUGAAACGGUUCAAAAAAGGGAUAUACAAGUUCGAAAAAAAUGAACGUAUAAUUGGGUUUUUCAACAACUUCAACGACUGUUUGUGCGAGGAAGCAAUGUGGCAGAUAUCAGAGAGUAUCAAGCCCCGCGGCACCAAGAAAUGACCAGAAACUACUACUGCACUCUGUUGGUAGAUUCAUCUAUACCUCCUUCAUCAGACAUCGAAUAUAUUUCUAUAAAUUGUAAGGUGAACUGAUUUUUUACUGCGUAAAUGUAUUGGUAAGAAUUUUAGAAACUUGAUGGAACAGAUAAAUUCUGAUGUCAAAUAAUUGAUGUAGAAAUUGAGUCUUUAUUGAAUAAUUUAUAUAUUUUUAGUGUUAUUGUAUUCAUUUGAGCAGUUAUUUUUAUUCGCGAUUUAGUUAUCGGUGGAAUUGUAUAUUUUUCACAAAGUAGUGAAAACGAGUGAUUCAUUCAUAAUCGAUUCUGAAUAAUGUGUGAUAGAAUAAUGCAUUAAAUUAGCCUUUCUCGUGACUUCUCAUGUCAAUUGAGGCGGUAGGUGCAAUAAGGGCUGUAACUCAAAACUAUCAUUCUGAGAUAUGAAGAUCCAAUGUUUUUACACAUAUAUCUUGUAACAUUCGGUUAACAUUGUUGAAGUAUGAAUGCUUCAAUUCUUUUGAAAAUAUGUUCUCUAUUGUAAAUCAAUAAAAACAAAUUUUAUUUCAAGUUACUUCAUUUUCAAUUUAAUAUAAUAUGGGAGUAUGUUGAAAGCCCUUAUUGGGGAGAAAACUCUCUAUGACAUUCUAUACAAUAAGGGCUUAUAAAUCUGUUCUCUCCAAUAAGGUCUUGGGUUAUUCUAAUGAGUAAAUUUCGUAUAGGUAAUAAAUAUUACAAUACUGUUUAAUAUAUUUAAUUAUUUAUUUAUUCCUAUUCAAUAUAAUCUUGUUAAUUGAGCUGAAAACUAUAUGUCUUUAUGAAAAAUAAAACUUCAAAAGUGUUCAUAGUUCAAUGAAAUAUUGAAACCUGAUGCCAAAUAUUAGUUGAAAUGAUGCCCCAAAUAUGAGUGUUAUCCUAUUUGAAAAUAAUAUGUAAAUGUCUUGUGAAGAAACAUCCAGGGCCAGCGGUUCAUCAUUUUCUUCAUCUUCUGAAUCAGUGGAGAAGUUGUGUACUUGUCCAUCAGCUUCUUGGUUAGUUUCCCUUCCCGGAAAAAACUCUUCAUAAAACGUCUGUCGUCUCUUGUUUCAAAUAAGAAUAGAGGUCUUUGACAUCUUUGAUUUUUCCUAUUCUAAGUGGAACUGCUGGUGCAAUAGACAAAGAAAGUUCUUCAGGGAGCUGCUUCAAAUAUUUGAAAGGUUCAUACACUUGAGAGUAUGUUUUAGACACAGAAAGUGUACCACAAGGUUUGUAUUUUAUAAUACAAUACUACUGUGCUGAAUUGCAACGCUUUUAAUAAGUAAUAUUUUAAGUUAUAGUGAAUAAAACCACAAAAGUAAGGAAAAUUAGCUGUUCUCUGCAAGAAGGGCUUAAACAUGGGUUUGCUAUAAUAGUUAUACCAACCUCGAGAAAAAAUAUAUUCGAAUGAAAUCUUCACAUUUAUAAAGAAGAAAUGAUGGAGAAUCCAUUUCCGAGUUCUCCCCAAUAAGGGCUUAUAGGCCUGUAGGCCCUUAUUGCACCUACCGCCACAAUUCAACUAUUUUAAAUAGUUAUUCCAAAAUGAAAUAUUCAUCUUAAUUUGGCUAUAGGAAAGUUAUCCGAGUAGGUCUACUUUUAAACAGCAUAAUCCUUGUUGUACAUGAUACUGAACUUUAACCGUGAAUACAGAUAUAUUAAUUACCCUUCCGUAUAAUGUUAUGAUGAACUACUAGGUAUUAAUAAAUAUUUCAUGAACAAAUAUCAAAUAUUCAAUUUUGUAUUUUAAUAUAGUAUUUCCAAACUCUCUGUUAAUAUUCUAGUCUAGGGCAUAAUUCCUGGCUAAGAAACAUUGAAUUUUAUUUUCACAUGGCCGCCACUUACUAUCACUUACUAUUUUUUUUUCUUAAUAAUGUCUGAACAUACGGAAGUAAAAUUUUGCACAAACAUUCAUGACAACUUGACAGAACUAAAAACAAAAUUAAGACAAUUCUCAAGUUAAUGAAACAAAAUGGCGGCCGUACAAAAUUACAUUUCUCAAAUAACCAAAAUACCGUUAAUUUUACAGAAAGUACUAGAAUUACUUUUUCAGUAACUUUAAUUACAAAUUUAUUGACACCUCAAUUUUCAAGAUUGAAAAAAUAUAUUAUUAAGUGAGAUAUGGCAGUUUGAGUUACUAAAGAUUUUUAGACAGUUUGAAAAUGAUAUUUAGGUACUUUUUACCCAGGAACAAUGCCCUAGAAUAUUGGCAGGGAGUUCAGAAACACUCUGUAUAUUUCUUAGCAUUCACCCAGGUAAUAUUUGUCGUACCUACCCAGUUCAGCUUGUAAUAAGAAUAUUCUGAUGAAUUCAUUUAUCACAUGUACCGUAUUGUACAAUUGAAUUAAUCCAAUUUCCUCCCAAAAGUAUCUCUUAUCUCGUUAGUUUAUUUUGAAUUGAAAUUGAAGUGAUUUCCUGGUUUUUGUACUUUUUCAUUGUUUACUCCUCAUAUAGUUAAACCGUUGAAUCAUUCUAAAAUAAAAAAUAAUCAAUUGUUCAUGCUAAAACUUUAUAUAAUAUUAUACUAAUAUGCUCAUUUUUGUAAGACCUAUAUACGAAUAAUAUCAAUCAUUCAAUUUGAACUGAUAGGGCUAUAAUUUAUUAUGCUUAUAACUGCUCAAAUGGUCAUUAUUUGCUACUAGGCCUACAGAAACAUACAAUUUAUGUACUUUAUAACACUUUAGUCUCUAAUCAUCCUUAACAUGAGGAUGUUUUUGUGUAGUUAAAUGGUAACCAUUGUGAGAGAUUUCAUUUCGCCUGAUAUUACAAAUUAGUAAUUUUAUUUUAUAUGUUAUUAUUGUUGGAAAUCUAUUUUUUCCAAUGAAUUUUUGUUGAGUUAUAUUUUGUUUGAAUAAGUAAGGCUGAUAGGCUUUUGGUGUUCAUUUACUAAAAAUGUCAUCUUAUUUUCGGGCUCGCAAUAUUAUCGUAUUAGAAAGAUGUAUGUGCAGCGAAAUAUUUGUAAACUAAAAAUAAAUGAACUGUAAUAUUGUCACCAAUUAACGUAUAAAUUGGUAAACGAUUCAGAUUAUAUGAAUUAAGGAAAAACGUUCGUAAUUCUUAGAUAUCUGACUUAACAGUAUUAUAGUUAAGAUUGUAUGGAAUUUUCCAAUUCCAUAUCACAAUAGAUGUAUUAUAAGUAGAUUAAUAGAUAAAUUGUAUCGAUUACAUGUGGUUCAAUUAUCAAUGAGUCAUAUCACAGUACUAGAUUUUUUCUGAGUCAGCUCCAUUGUUAGUAGAGAAUUUGCUGUAUAAAUAUUGAAGUCAUCCAAAAUCCAUGUCAAAUCUUCAUAUCAUUUUUCAAGAAUAUUGACUGGAGAAUUCGAUUGAGACUGUCCACCAUAUCUGGUCGUUGAAGGUUUAUUAGCUGAUGUUUUCCAAAUAUUGGUUUCACCGCAUGUAAAUGUGUGUGCAUAAUGUGAUGUUGCAGUCACUUUUGAAAGUAUCUUUUAGAAUGGUGUGAACUGUUUGCAUAACCAUUGGCAUUGAAUAAGGUGUGUUUAUAUUCACUUUGAAACGGAAUCAAGUGAACAUUUUUAGUGAUCCGUCGUGGCUUGACAACACCAAAGACUCUUUAGAGAGUAACUGUUUGUGAAUUAUAUUGAUAUCACCAAUCCUCUUAUCGUAUCACAUUUUGUUUAUUAAAAUAUCUUUUGAUGUUCCUCUGAAGCGAUAUUCUUCUAAUCUAAAAGAUACUAAAAAUUUAAUCGGUAAAUAAUAAUUUGCAUACUUGAAUACAUCAUUUAUACAUGUGGCGUCAUGUUUUACUUUUUAUUUAUUUAGGAGUGAUCCACUUGGAUUUCCUUAUAUUAUGAUUUUCGGUAGAUAAAAAUUUGUGAUGUUGUUUAAUUAAAAUAAUUAUCCAAUAUAUUUUAUACCGGUAAUCAAAUCAAAGAUUCAUAGAGUAUGCUUUCGUUUCAACCAGUUGUUUUUAUGUGAAUGCCACAGAUAUCAUGUCCGACUCAACCGAUUGAAUAUCCGAGUUUGAGUACAAAUAAAAAGUCCUUUAGCUGUAUAUAUUACAAUGCUAUUUACUAAUGUGCAUUCUCCUUUGUUCCUAAUAAUAGUCUACUAACUUCUUGGCUGAGAUGUUUUCCCAUAGGGAAACUUCAUCCUUAAUGAGGGCGUAAUUGAUUAAGCUCUGCUGAGUAUAAUUAUGCUUCUGGACAACUCAAGUCAUGAUGGUUAAAAUCAAUUUUAACAGUCAACAAUUUUAUUAUUUAAGAUAGAAUUGAAUUACUUUUUUUAUUUGUUGAUGUGACAAAGAGAAAAGUUGAACUAGGUACUUCAAAUGAAACAGUAACAUGUAGGCCUAGUUAAAUUCAGACUCACAAUGUAUAUCGGUAUCAUGUAAUUAAUGAUUCACUUUGAAAUUGUAUCACAAAAAUGAUCAAUUUCAACCGAUAUAAUGGCAUCUUGUUCAGUUUAUUUUACAUAAACUCCAGUAUUAUUUAUAUGCCACAAAUAUUUAAAGAUACAUAUUUUUAUACUAAUGUAAAACAGUUAACUAAUUAUUGUUGUACCUGGAAAUUUGUUGUUCGUGGUUGAACAGUGAUACAAUGUGUUGUACCUCGCUUUAUGGUUGAUUUAAAUCUAGCAAAAUCCAUGACGAUUUAUUUUUUAUAAUUUAAAACUGAAAUUACCAACAUCUAUAAGUUUUAUGAGUGUUGAAAUACGUGUUAAUGUUUAUUAUUCAUCGUAUGGAGAUUAUUACUCAUUUAGGUUAUCGGUAUUCAAUAUCUAGUAAAAAAAUAAAAUAUCAAAGACCAAUCAUGGUUCUCUUUGAUCCAUACUGCUUUGAAUAAUAUUGAAUAUUGUCAGUAAACAAUUCAAAAUCUUUUAUAGUUGAACGAUUUUAUUGGUUUUUUUUAAUGAUAUAAAGUAUUACACAUGAGAGAUUCGUAAAAACAUCCUCAGUCACAUAUAGUUUUAGAAAUAGUUUUUUAUUAUAUGAACCAUUGAUCAAAAUAUACAAUUCUCAUGUAUUUACUAUUAAUAUAGUACUGCCAUAAUACCAGUGAUUAUUUUUGUUCAAUUUUAAUUGUGUUGUAUAAUUAUUGUAUUAUAAGGGUUAAAUUAUUUAUAAAUAAUCAUAACUUUAUGUCUCUAGUCAGUAUUUGUUAUACGAUCCUAAAUUAAUUAAUGUCAAUUCUCUUAUCGCUAGUAAUUUUUAGGUCUAGCAGUACUUAGGAUUUUUGUUUUUGUUAAACUCAACUGAGCUUCCAUGUAUUGCAUUCAAAGUUGGAUUAUGGUCAACUUCUUCUGGAAUACAUAGUGCUUUUCAAUUGAGCCUAUAAAAAUAUUGAUAAAUAUAUUUUUGAUAGCUUUAUUUCCUAACGCAUAAUAAGGUGCUCGUACGCUUAUGGUUCUCUUCAUGAUAUAACAUCAGAGUUUAAUAUGCACCUUUUUAAUGUUUUUUUUUAAUUUAUUGUAAAUCAAGGUGGAGAUUUUCAUUGCAAAUUAGGAAUCAUGAUUUUUCAAUUUAAUGCAUUUUUAUCAUAUUAACAUGAUAUUCAAUUCUCUAGGCAUUCAUACAGUUUCUUGGCUGUUCACUAUUUAAAUUUAUAAUCUGAAUAAUUUAGUUUGAGUUUUCCAGUUUCUCUCCAAAUCAAACUAUUGAUAUUCUACUAAGAAACUUGAAGUUUUACAGAUGAACACUAAGCAAAACCGCCAGUAUCGUGCAUUCACUUCUUCUAUUUUCAAAUCAUUCAUAACAUAAAUUUUAGUCCAUGAUCAUUAUUCGGAAAGUUCUUCCUUCCUAAUAAUACGAGGGUCAUUCAAUAAGUAACGAGACAAAUUACCAAUUUACGACCGGUUGAAGUUGGGACUUCCUCUCUAGAAUUUCGAAUUGACUAGCUAAUUCGGGACUAUAGGCAUAUCACUGUUGAAUUUUCACAAGUGUGAAAAAGUAAAGUGUUGGAAAUGUCCAUAAAAUUAUUCACAACAAGCUGCAGUACAACAAAACUUGUGCGAGAUGAGUGCCUAGACAACUCAUGGACGCUCACAAAGAAACCCGGCUUCAAAUCAGUCAGCAGUUGGAAAAUCGGUAUGCGACUGAAGGGAAAUGUUUUUUCAGAAGAAUUGUAACGUGUGAUGAAACCAUGGAUCCAUCACUAUGAGCCAGAGUCAAAACGACAGAGACUAAAAAACUGAUCACAGCACACGUUGUUCUUCCAUGGUGCAAAUCUCAAGCGGACUCGCCAUUGUUAACUGAGUCAAUUUGCGAUUAUGUUUUCAAAAUACGGUGGAACAACUGAUCAGAUGUCAUCACAAGGUUGCCAACUUCAUGUCCUGUAAGUUUCAUAUAGAUAAAUUUCGCCGUUUUUGAAAGUUAGUAAUUUGUCUCGUUACUUAUUGAAUGACCCUCGUAUACUCCACGAAAAAAGUCAUUUUUGUAUAAAUAGAUUGCUCUUCUUCUUGUCAGAAUUGUAGGAGUGGAGAUGCUACUCAUAUAAAAUUCAUUUAUACAUUAGUAGAAGAUUUGUUAUUUUUCGAAUUAGUCCUACAGUUUAUUAUGUACUAUUAUUAAUGUUAUAAACUAUAAUCUAAAUGUCAAUGAUCUAUAAAAAUUGUAUUAAAUUUAGCUUAGUCUGUUCAGAACCAGCAUAUAUCAUAAGGUAUAUAUAGUCGAUUUUUGUUAGUGAUACUUAUUGUACUUUUUGUGUAGUUGAGAAGUUGAUAUUGUGGUAAUUAUUCAUAUUGAAUAAUAAUCAGUCUUAAUUAUCAGUCUGAGUAAUUCUCAGUCUUUUCAUUCAAUACUUAUUGUUUGUCAUUAUGAGUUGUUUCUUUUGUUGCUCAUAUUUUCCAUAUUCAUCUUCCAUAAUUUAACUAACGUCUAAAAUUUAUAUGUAAUAGAAAAUAAUUUUAAUUUUCAUGAAAUAGCAACAAUGAAAUGAUUGGCAACGAAAAAUUAGGGCUUUAAAAUUAGAAAGUUAAAAUGAAAGUUAUUACUGUUGAUUGAUUUCUUACAGUGUUUUUAUAAUAGAUAAUUAAUCUUGAAAAAUGAUAAUUCAGUUUUCCUGUAUUCAUAUGCUGUUUGUAUAACAUAUUUAAUACUCGUUAAGGGCACUGUUGAUUCUCGAACCGUAUUGUUAUUUUGUGUAAAUAAUUUAUCAGCUCCUAUACACAUUACAUUUUAUAACUAGUUCUUCUUCAAGGCUGUACAAAUGAUAAAGGAAAAACAUUGUACUGCUGAUAUUUUUCAAGGUUUUUCGAGUUGUAUACUAUCAAGCUUUCACAAUAAAAAAAUUUUCUCAGGAAAACAUCGAUCAUUACUUUUUGGGAUAUAUUAGCGCCUAAAUUUUAAAAUUUCAGGACAUAUCAUUUCAAAUUCGGUAAGCGAUGAAUCCAUGAAAUUUUGAGGAUAAAUUCUUCAUCGACGUAUUGUUGAUUGAAUAAAACUGAAAAUAUAAAUUUUUGAGAAAGUUAUCCAAUUUACCAAAAAUUGAUAAUUUUAAGUAUUCGUUUCAUUCAAUCAACUAUAUCAUGAAGAAUUUAUCCUUGGAGUUUCAUGAAUUUAUCUCUUACCUAAUUUGAAAUGAUCUGUCCCAAAAAUUAAAACUUUAUAUGCGCUCAAAACUCAAAAAAUAAUGAACGGAAAAAUUUUCUGAGAGAACUUUUCCAUUUUGAUAGCUUGAUAGUAAACAAACCGAAAUACUGUGAAAAAUAUCACCAGUAGAAAGUGUUUUAACCUUUGCACAGCCUUAAAUUAGAAUUUCUGUAGUACAGGAAAAGAUGACUACACAUAAGACACUCAUAUACUAUUUUAUUAAAUAUGCUUUACUAGUUUUCAUGUAUCAUGAUAUUCUCUACAUUAUGAAACGGAGCUCUAAAGCAGUAUGAGUUGCAGUUGUAUUUACCUCAAAACUGACUCCAUAAGAUGAUAGUUAUGCAAUUUGUACAAUUAAUCAAGUAAUCCACGAGUUCACCUAAUUUCUCAAAUUUUAUAUUUCAGUAGAAAUAUAUUUUCAUGUUAAUUCAGUGAUCUUAAUGUAAGUUGCGAGAUGGGAAUUAAACUUGAAGAAUUAAGAUCUUAGUUACAAGAUUUAAUUACAUUCUAUUUAUUACAGUAUUUUAGCUUUUUACAUUAAUUUCUCUCAUAUUUAAAAAUGUUUUAUCAUGCAUGUUUGAGAAUCAUCGGUGCCUCUCAGGUUCCUGUGAACACCCCAUUAAGGUGUUCCUGUGAACACCCCAUUGAGUUAUAGAAUAAACUUGAAUAGAUUCCAUAUGAGUAAAUCGUUUUCAUGAAUUGAUUGUACGAAAAUGCCACGCUUGACGGCAACUUAUAAGAAUGAAUGGAAAAUAAAUGAUAGGCCUAAUUUACUAUUAGUAUUGAAGGCGGUUGUUGUUUGAUGGUAUUAAUGUAUCGCUGUAUCAGUUUGUGGAACAAUCAAAGUGUAUGUUAGAUUGUGACUAUACCAUUGUGAUAACUACAAGAAUACCCAAUAGAAAAAUUUAGAGAAAACAUUCUUAUUAAUUUUCGUAUUAUUUAUCUGAAUUCACCUGUCAAAAUAGUGCUCAACUUAUUUGUAAAACUAGAUAUCAUCUUUCUAUCAAAUAUGUACUCAUAAUUUGAUUAAAAUUACUGAAUAAUCUAUUAAUCUAUUUAUCUAUUCAAAUAUAUUUCAAUAUAAAUUAUUGUUUCAACUCUUUUUGGCAGCUAUUAUAUUGUGUUCACUCAUAUUCUUUCAUAGAUUCAUAAUUUAUAGAACUUAUUGAUUUGUUUAAUUUUAAUCAAAUUUAUCAUUAAUAAAGUUUUAUAGACAUUGAAUAAAAUAUAAAAUCUACCUACUAGAUGAUACUGUGAUCCUGCUCCUCGAAUCUUGCAAUAAAUAAUGUUAGUGAAAAAUGUUGUAUGAAAUAUGACUAGGUACUGAAGCUUGGUAACUAACUAUAAACUAUUGGAAUAUGUGAACUUUAAUCCCUUUGCAUCUUUCAAAAAUAGACAGUGGUUGCUCUUGUGGAUCUUUAUAUUGGAAAUGAAGCUUGGAUUGACUUAUGGAAUGACCUGAGCUUUGGGACCAGAUUAGAAAGUCAGUAUUUUAUCUAUUUGCGUUAUCUAUUUAUAUAUGUGUUUGACUCUGUACCAUCCAGGGUAUCUCUUCUAUACAGGAAUGUUGUUGAAGGUCUAUUUAAUAUAGCUGAAGAUAUUUUCAUAAGAACUGAAUUAUUGUGAGAAAUCUCUGAGCAUGAAUCUCAUCAUUUGUGUCAUGCGUGAAAAAUAGCAAUUAUAUUUUGCACAAAUAUGUUGGCGUGUUGUAUAUUAUUGUCUAGCUUUUGUUUUUGUUUGUGGCUGGGGGGGGGGGGUCUUGGUGUGAUGUAAUGGCUAUCUGUCGUUGGCUGCUGAGGAUUGUUAAUAUUAUUAGUACUGAACCAGAUUAAAAAUAAUAUCGUCUCUAUAUCAAAUAUCAAGUGUCUAUGUAUAUACUUCAACAGUUUUAUGAUUAAAUGACUUGCAUAAACCGGUAAUCUGUUGUAUAUUGAAUGCAAUUAUGUGUGAAAGUUGAAUAUUUCCUAGUUUCGUUAUCAGUGACGUAAAUUUGUGUAAUUGUACAUAAAAUAUAGUUUAUAGUAAACAA